UUUACAAAACAAUCUGAUCUGCGCUCGUCCCGUGCGUAGCUGUCUGUCUCUAGCAAGCUAGGAAGAAUGGACGUCAUUUGUUUAAAAACAAUAACUUCGCCUGGAAAGUCUACUUUAAAAGACAUAGCACUUGCUUCUUUCGGAUCUUUCUUUGCUUGUUCAUCAUACUUAGACUCGUCGGAAUUGCUGCUAUGGACAAAAGGCGAGAAUAAGGCAAAGUCUCUUUUGGGACACACAGGUAUGGUACGGGCCUUAUGCUUUGGAAACAAUGCUGACAAAUUAUUGCUUGCUUCUGCUUCAAAGCAAGCUAUCAAUGUUUGGACAAUAUUUGAUCCUGAGAGUGAUGGUGAUAUGCAAGGUUCUUGCAUGAAUAUUGGAAGAAAUCUUGGUGAUGUGAACCAUUUAAGUUUUUCCAUGGAUGAUUCUUUAAUCUCAGCAUGUAUAUUCGAUGAAGUCUGGGUGAUAAACAUCAAGAGAAGUGAAUUAGUUGCCACACUUGUUGGUCAUUUAGGAUGUGUUGUUGCCUCUGAGUUUUGCUCACAAGAUGAAGACCUGUUAAUUACAAUAUCUGAAGACAAAACCUAUGGUAUCUGGAGUCUUUCAGAAAAAGAUCAAAUUUAUCAAUCAUCAAUUAUCUCCGCUUCGUCAUCACUCUUUUCACUAGCCACUCACCCCUUGGAAAAUUUCUUUACAACUGGAUCUAGUGAUGGAAUGUUACGUAUAUUUGAUGUGACACUUCGCAAUAGUUUACAUGAAGUCAAUAUUGCAGCGAGAGCAUCAUCUACAGAGGAACUAGGAGAUAACUACAAUGAUUAUGCAAUUUUAUCUCUUAAAUAUUGGAAUCGAAGCAAACCAAUUGUUGAGGACAAAAGUUAUGUUAAGGUAGCAUUAAAUGAGGAACUUUAUUUGGCUGUUGGUUGCUCCUCUUGCUUUAUGCUGCUAAAUGCAAAUUCAUUGGAUAUAUUAUGGAUUGUCUGUUUUAAUGAGGUCACAUUGAACACACUAUCAACUCAACUUUCACAGGCAUCGAGAAUUUCUUUUUCAGUUUCAGAUGAAGAAAGUUUAAUCUGUACUGUUUCCAAUUUGUUCACGAACGACAUUCAUAUUUUGCAAGUUGAAAGCACCGAAGGUCUGCUGUCAUCUGAACUAUCAGUUCUUUCACAAGAUCCGUUACAUCAAGACUCCCCUUUAAAAUCCAAACUGCAACCAAAAUUGAAACAAGAAUCAAAGAAGACACGAGGUAAUAAGCCGAAUAAAAUGAACCAACCCUUGACAUUUAAAAAUCAAAUUAAAAGUACUGGUUACACAAAAGAGUCACCAAGAAAACAAAUGUUUACACCAAAUACAAAUAAUAAAAAGAAAGAAAGUGCGUUAUCAAAAACAGCUACGAAUUCGGUUGGUCCAUGGGGUGCUACGCCUUCACCCAGAUCCACUGGGAAAGAGUAUCCUAUUGAUAGUGAUCCACCAACAAGACUUACCUAUGAUAAACAUUACGCUUCCGCUUUCAAUGAUAUAUCAUUUACAGAUUCAGGUAAAUCAUUGGUUUGUGCAUUAGCAGACGGAACAGUGUUUUUGUUGAAGUCUCCAAAACUGGAGAGUAGUGUUAACUUUAUUGGCCAUAAUGGCGGUGUAUCUUCUGUUUGCAUGAGUCAUACAAGCAAUAUGGUGCUGUCGGCUGGUACGGAUAGAACUGUUAAGUUGUGGCAACCGGGACAAACAGAUCCAAUCCUAAACUUUUCGCAUCUUAAGCAUAAUUUUCACAAAGAAAAGGUUUCGCAGCCACUUGAUCCGGGAAACCCUUCUUACAGCAAAGAUAUCAGUCGUGCGAUGUUUUAUUACGUUGAUCAAUUUAUCAUGUUGUCGCACGGCAAUUCGUUGUGUCUGUAUAAAUAUCAUGUUGAUUCCACGAAGAAAGACGUCAAAAGAUAUCAAACCAACAACCGUUACAAACUUGUGCAGGGUUUCGAAGUGAGCGAUGCACGGAACAUAACGACAUUCUCAACUAUCAAUUCAUUUUACUCUUAUAUUGCAUUGUGCGCAUGCUCCAACAAAUCUGUAGUCGUGUUCGACGUCAAUAAAGUUCAACCAGUUCGAACAAUAUCGGACGCUCAUACGAGAUCAGUGAAUUCUUUAUGCCAAAAUCAGGGCUCCGCCUUUGUGUCGCAGACUUCUGAAGCAUAUGAUUUAUUUUUAACAGCCGCUCCGACAGAUGGAGUGAAAUUGUGGGACUUAAGACAAAACAGAUGCGUGCGGAAGUUUGAAGGCCAUAUGAACAGAGCGCAAAAGAUCGGCUUGGCUUAUAGUCCAUGUGCGAAAUACAUUGCUGUUGGGUCAGAAGAUAGAUCUGUUUAUCUGUACGACAUCCGAAGUAGUUCAUAUUUGCACAGAUUAUCAUCUCACUCGGAUGUUAUAACGUCAGUUGCUUUCCAUCCGCAGAAACCACUCCUUGCUUGUGGAACCUUGUCGGGUCAGUUGAGAACGUACGAAGUAUAACAUAUCUUCGAAAUAAAAUGUUGUGUUUGUUGUUUUUGUUGUUGUUGUUGUCUUUGUUGCUUAUGUUGCUGGUAUACAGUACAGCCUGUUAAAUGAUUUUUAUAAACCGCCGAUACUGUUAAAAGACGUCCCCUUUAAAGCAAGAACAAAUUUUAUUAUCUCCUUUGUUUUUGUGGAAUAUAUUCAAUAUGUGGUGUAAUAUAAAAUGGUUGUAAAUAUAUAUAUUAAAUGUUUUCAGACAAUUUUUGCAGGUAAUAUAUUUAAGUUUUGUUUUUACUAUAUUUUUACUUGUAAUAUAAUUCAAUAAACAGUUAUUUAUAUUUCCUUGUUAGAAGAGCUUAAGAUCUCCUUUGAAUUUAGAAAAUUUUGCAAAGAGUUAAAAUUCGCGAUGAAAAUUUACGAUUCGAACGAAAUAAAAAUUAAUUUUGGGGGAGAAUAUGCACUCAAGCUUUUACAAACAAGUGAAUUUAAAAUGUUUGCAAAAAUUUGCGAUCUCAUUAAGCAUAUGGUUUUCUAUACUAGCACUUUUUAAGAAUUU